GACCGGAUGUCACAAAUGAUGUCACAGUGGCAGGCUGAAAUUAAACUCAUACUGUACUUCAACAACAUUAUGCAUUCUGGCUACUCCACACACUUCAGCUAUGCUAGCUUUUGGGUUUCUUCCAUAUUUGCUACUUUUAUUCACAGGGUGUACUGAGGCAGUUGACAUAAUUCAGCAUCCUGAAGUCCUCUUAGUGUCAAAUGUGGGCAAAGCUGUGACUUUACACUGCAAUCACAAGGAUAGCACGCAUCUUCGUUUAUUCUGGUAUCGUCAAACUGAAAGCAAAGCAUUGACUUUAAUAGCAUUUUCUUAUGGCUCUAAAGAUGAGCAGUAUGAAGAUGGGUUUAAAGACGUCUUUAACUUAACCAGAGCUGAAAUCCUGAAAUCUUCCUUAAAAAUAAAUCAUGUCAAGCCUGAAGACACUGCAGUCUAUUACUGUGCGACAAGUGUGACACACUGGCACAGAGCUGAAUAUUCUUUGCCAGUCCACUACAGUGAUCAACCAGUCACCUCUCAAUAUAAUAAUAAAUCAGAAGCAGUCUGCGAAGAUCCAUUAGAAAAAUAUCUUUUCUUGGUAACUUUUCUAAUCAUCACUGUUAACGGUAUUAAAGAUAUAAGAGCGGUAAUAAUGAAAGUAAUGAAAACAGCGUGCAGCUACGAAGAACUGCAGUUUGGUAAAGGGACGCGUUUGACAUUUUUAGAAUAUGAUAUUUCUCUGCCAAAUGUUAAAAUACUUGAACCUGCAGUUACAGGCAAGGAAUAUAUCACUCUGGUAUGUCUGGCCACAGAUUUUUACCCGGACCACAUUGAACUUAGCUGGAAAAUUAAUAAUAAAGAGAGAAUUUCUGGGGUUAAAUCUGAUCAUAAUGCAGUCAGAUUAUCAACUGGCAAUUACAGCAUCAGCAGCAGGCUGAGGAUCCGAAAAAGGGAAUGGUGUAAUGAAGAUAACGUCUUCACUUGUGUGACAAAGUUUUACAAUGACACGGAUAAUGCUGUAUUUAUUCAAGAUUACAUCAGUGGAAAAGGUUGUUUCAAGAAAGAUGUAAACAGUGUGAAGUUUGCAUAUAUUUUGUUUACAUUCAAAAGCAUUCUUUAUGGAUUGUUAAUUACAUUCCUCAUUUGGAAAUUAAAGCUAUCUUCAAGAAAACAAUCCUGAAAAAUGGCCUAAUUUCUAUCCAAAAUUUUAAUUUUCAACUGUAUUUCAUUACACAGUAUAUUAAAACCUACCAGCUGUCAGAAUUGUUAUUGUAUUUUGUUUAGAUCUCAUUUGAUGUACAAAAACUUUAACAUUUUGGAUUGCCAUUAUAUUUUAUGUUUAGAAAAAAGCCAGAUAAGCAGCUAUUGUAAUCAUGUCUUGUUUUGUAUUAAUUGAAUAAAAGAAUCACUAAAAA